AACAAACCUAACCCAAGUUUUUUUAUUUAUUUUAUUAUAUUUUUACUUUAUUGUCAACAUUCUCAAUAAUUAAAAAGACCUGUUGGCCAACAACUUGAUAAUAUGCACUAAUAUUGGCUGCUACAUCGCCACUUUUACCAUUGCCAUGAUUGUCAAUUGGCUGCUAUUUAAAAUAAAAGCUUUAUUUUUAAUAAUACCUAACCUGUUUAGGAGAGCCCUAUGUUGUAUACGAAAAAGACGGCACAGUUACAGCGAUAUUGAGCCUUUAACGCACGUAACAUCAGGUGUAGAGGGUCAAAGUGAGGCCCCAGCUUGGACCGAAUGGUCUGAGGAUAGUUUUAGAGAUAACAAGCCUAGAACUGUGCAAGACUACAUUGAGCUGUAUCGCGAGCAAACUAUGAAAGCUAGAAUGACUGAAAAUGUUGAGGAAAAUCCUGAAGAACAGUUAAAUUUCUUUGAGGAUAUGACACCCCAAAUCACUACACAAACUAAAGUUUUGAUUAAAUCUAAAAAUGAUAGUUUUAAUAAGAGGAAUGUUAGUAGCCGACUGAAUGUUGUUGAGGACACUGACAAUAUUAUUAUUCCUUCAAGUGAAUUAGAAGAAUGGUCGGAAAGCAGCGGCUGGGAGGGAGAAAAUCUCUUAGACCAAGAAGCUCAAAAAGUACUUAGAGAGCAAAAGAGACUGGAACGAGAGAAAAAAGCCUGGGAGCAGCACCAGAAGCGUCUAGAAAAAAUGUCGCGAACUCUGGGAUCGAAGCUUAGUACAUAACAUUUGUGAAACUUGUGUAAUUUAUUAAGUUUUUACGAUUGAGGUAAAGACUUUAUUUUUUUUAUGUAUAUGAACGAUUUUAUUCUUUUUACCAAAUUAAAUUAUUAAAUUUGUUUUUUUUUUGGUAAAAAUAUACAUAUGAAAUUGUAUAGCCAAAAUAUGAUAAUCUAGAGACUAAGUACUUAUAUGUUACUUAAUAUUAUUGAUUCAUAACAUUUUGAAAUAAGGUAAAAGAUGCAAAAUGGUCUUUAUUAAAGAUAAGCUUAUAAUAUAAAA